UUCGCCUGGAGGAAAUGUCACUUCUCUGUUGGCAGAAAGGUCGUGAGCGUUCAGCAGUCUGCAUGGGUCUGUCGUUUCAAGACCGCGUUGACGACUCUGUGCUCUUUUCUUCUCCGCAGUCCCACUUUUUCUCUGAGCGACCACCUCGGGUCAAUCACAGAAACAUGACUGGAAAAAUAUCAAAAGAGGAGGUGGAGGAGAUGAGAGAGAUCUUUGACAAAUGUGAUCUGGACGGCAGUGGAUAUAUCUGUGAUUAUGAGCUCAAUGAACUCCUUAAAGACACCGGCCAUUGCCAGCCUGGAUACAUGGUUCGAGAGAUCAUCCAGAAACUGGAUCGCAACCAGGACAAUAAGAUCAGCUUCGAGGAGUUCCUGUCGAUCGUCCAGGAGCUGAAGGGCAGUCAAAUAGCAAAAACUUUCCGCAAGGUCAUCAACAGAAAAGAAGGCAUCCUGGCUAUCGGGGGGACGUCUGUGCAGUCGAGCGAAGGCACACAACACUCGUUCUCCGAGGAGGAGCGGUAUGCUUUUGUGAACUGGAUCAACACCGCUCUGGAAAAAGACCCCGACUGCCAACACGUCCUGCCCAUGAAUCCCGACACAGACUCCCUCUUCACGUGUGUCGCAGACGGUAUAGUACUCUGCAAAAUGAUAAACCUGUCGGUGCCGGACACGAUCGACGAGAGGACGAUAAACAAGAAGAAGCUGACACCGUUUACGAUACAGGAGAAUCUGAACCUGGCCCUGAACUCGGCUUCUGCCAUCGGCUGCCAUGUGGUAAACAUCGGUGCUUUAGACCUAAAAGAGGGGAAGCCCCAUCUGGUGCUGGGCCUGCUGUGGCAGAUCAUCAAGAUCGGUCUGUUCGCUGACAUUGAGCUUAGCAGAAAUGAAGCGCUGGCAGCAUUGCUGAGAGACGGGGAAACCCUGGAGGACCUGAUGAAGCUGUCUCCAGAAGAACUGCUGUUGCGCUGGGCAAACUUUCACCUGGAAAAUGCUGGCUGGCAGAAGAUCAACAACUUCAGCUCCGACAUCAAGGACUCGAGGGCCUAUUUCCACCUCCUGAAUCAAAUCUCCCCAAAAGGCACCGAUGAAGAUCAGCCACGCAUAGACAUUAACAUGGCGGGCUUCAGCGAGAAGGACGACCUGAAGAGGGCCGAGGCCAUGCUCCAGCAGGCCGACAGACUCGGCUGUCGACAGUUUGUCACCCCGGCUGACGUCAUCAGCGGAAACCCCAAACUCAACCUCGCCUUCGUGGCGAAUCUGUUCAACAAAUAUCCAGCGCUGGUCAAACCCGAGAAUGAGGACAUUAACUGGGGACUGUUGGAAGGUGAGACACGGGAAGAGAGAACAUUCAGAAACUGGAUGAACUCUCUGGGAGUGAACCCACAUGUCAAUCAUCUGUAUGGAGACCUCCAGGAUGCCAUGGUCAUCCUUCAGCUCUACGAGAAGAUUAAAGUGCCUGUGGACUGGAACAACAAGGUCAACAAGCCGCCAUACCCCAAACUGGGAACCAACAUGAAAAAGUUGGAGAAUUGUAACUAUGCGGUGGAGCUGGGCAAAUCGGCCAAGUUCUCCCUCGUUGGCAUCGGCGGGCAGGACCUGAACGAUGGCAACGCUACCCUGACUCUGGCCGUGGUGUGGCAGCUGAUGAGAAGAUAUACGUUGAAUGUACUAGAGGGACUGGGUGAUGGACAGAAAGUAAAUGAUGACAUCAUCGUAAAGUGGGUGAACAAAACAUUGGCAGAAGCUGGAAAAUCAACCAAGAUUUCAAGCUUCAAGGACAAGGAGAUCAGCAGCAGCUUGGCAGUAGUGGAACUGAUAGACGCCAUCCAGCCCGGCAGCGUCAACUACGAGCUGUUAAGAACCGGCAGCCUCUCCGACGAGGACAAGCUGGAGAACGCCAAGUACGCCAUCUCUAUGGCGAGGAAGAUUGGAGCCCGCGUCUACGCUCUCCCAGAAGACCUUGUGGAGGUGAAGCCCAAAAUGGUGAUGACGGUCUUUGCCUGCUUGAUGGGUCGGGGGAUGAAGCGAGCCUAAGAGACUGGCUGGGAUCAUUGUGACACUUAUUCUUACCCACAAGCCAUUUGAGUUUUGAAGAGCUUCCCCCAACUGAAGGAAUGAAGAAUUUUUUUUUUUUUUUUUGUAUGAGAAUAAAAUGCUGUCAGAAGCACAAUUUCGCAUGCGUCCCUGUCUCUUGUGAGGCGUUUACUGAAGAAUGUCCUAUUUAAAAUGAAUCCACAAUACUAAAUUGUCUGAAGAGAUGGCUCUCUUCAUAGUCGGGAGGAUUAAUGUAAAGGAAUGUUGUUUUUUAAAGCGAGUAUUCGUAUUUCCAGCUGCAAGGUUGUUUACAUAUUUUUACUCGGACUGAUACGUAAAUUAUAUCCUUGACUAAGCAACACACAUUCCUGAAUACCAUAUGGAUGAGUAAAAAAACAAAAAAAAGGAGGCGGGAUGGUGGAGCACAAGCCUAAAAACAUCCAAACAUUGCCUCUGCUUAAUGAAGUACAAGCACGUCUUGAUAACUGGCACCAUUAACUUCUACAUAUCUGUAUACAGAAGCCAUACGGUCAAAUUAUAGGCAUGACCAGCCUGGCGUGCUGUCUGUAUCCUUACUCGUUUGUUUCUUGGGGUUAUUACUCAAGGUAAAUGCUGUUUUUUUUGGGGGGCCGUCUGGUCUGUGUUGUGUUGGACGUCUGUCUGUUACGUUGGAUGAGGAGCAGGCGGACUGGACUCUGCUGGCUUCUGCUGUGCCUUCUUGUCGUCUCAAAGACGACUUGUACUCGCGCUUUCAGGUUUUCCGUUUUUCUUUUGUAUUCAAUAUUACCAAAUAUAAACAGUAACUUCAUUCCAGGUAGUUUGAUGAUAUUCUAUGACAAUGACCAAAUUGUAUUUGGCCUCAUGUUCAUGUCUACUCUUAUGUGCUUGUAACAAUAAAUGACAUUGAAAACUG